GCAGGAUGUCGGAGGUGCGGCUGCCGCCACUACGCGCCCUAGACGACUUCGUUUUGGGCUCCGCGCGUCUAGCGGCCCCUGAUCCAGGCGACCCACAGCGAUGGUGCCACCGUGUCAUCAACAACCUUCUCUAUUACCAAACCAACUACUUAAUCUGCUUGGGUUUCGGUCUUGCUAUGGCUGGGUACGUGCGCCCACUGCACACGCUCCUAAGCGCACUGGUAGUAGCAGUGGCGCUGGGCGUGCUCGUGUGGGCGGCCGAAACCCGCGCGGCCGUGCGCCGCUGCCGCCGCAGCCAUCCCGCUGCCUGCCUGGUCGCAGUGCUUGCCGUCGGGCUUCUUGUUCUUUGGGCCGUGGGAGGCGCUUGCACCUUCCUGCUCAGCAUCGCUGGGCCAGUGUUUCUGAUCCUGGUGCACGCUUCGCUGCGCCUGCGCAACCUCAAGAACAAGCUUGAGAACAACAUGGAGAGCAUUGGUCUCAAGCGGACACCAAUGGGGCUGCUACUAGAGGCGCUCGGACAAGAGCAGGAGGCUGGAUCCUAGGGGCCUGGGAUCUGUACCCCAGACCUGGAGGAUACCACACAUGCCCUGGCCAGAACCAGAGACCCAGAGCCCUUUUCCAGCCCUUGCCUAGUCCAGAAAGCAGGACAUCAGCAUCCCCACACCCCCGGGUCCAAAACUGGGAUAUCCCCCACACCCAGCCACUAGGGACCGGAAUCUUCCCCUGCCCUGAACCUGGGACCGGGCCAGAGCCACCAAAACUGGGGCCUGGAAACCGGAGUAUCCACAGCCAACCUCAAACUCAGGACCCAGGGGCACUCCCCUAAUCCAAAUCU